AGCAGCAGCUCUGCUCCCCCACCCCCCUCCCUCCCAUCUUCCCACUGGGCACUGGCCUUGGAGCAGCUGCAGACCUGCAUGGAGAGGACCUGCAGGGCUUCCUGUAGAUGGCAACAGUGCCACCUGUUUGACCGGUGAGGCUGAGCUAAGGACAGGAAGAAGGAGGAGGCAAGCAACUCGGAGAAAAUCUGGGAAGCAGCAGUACAGUGCGAAGCAGAGAUCAGAGUGGAGCUGCCAGCCGCUGAAAAAAGUGCCCUCAACAUGGCUGAGUACCCCGGCUCCAGUUCCACGUGGGCCCGCUGCCUCCACUGCCUCUAUAGCUGCCGCUGGAAGAAGUGCCCCAAAGACAGAAUGCAAACCAGCAAGUGUGACUGUUUCUGGUUUGGCCUGCUCUUCCUCACCUUCCUCCUCUCCCUGGGCUGGCUGUACAUCGGGCUCAUCCUUCUCAAUGACCUGCACAACUUCAAUGAAUUCCUAUUCCACCACUGGGGACACUGGAUGGAUUGGUCCCUGGCAUUCCUGCUGACCAUCUCUCUGCUGGUUACAUAUGCAUCCUUGCUGUUGCUCCUAGCCUUGUUCCUGAGACUCUGUGGCCAGCCUCUACAUCUUCACAGUGUCCAUAAGGUGUUGCUGCUGCUUAUUUUGCUUCUUGUGGCUACUGGUCUUAUGGGACUGAACUUUCAAUGGAGACAGGAAUGGUAUAGCUUACAUUUGUCACUGCAGGCCACAGCCCCAUUCCUUCAUAUUGGAGCAGUUGCAGGAAUCACCUUCCUGGCUUGGCCUGUGGCUGAUACCUACUACCGCAUCCAGAGAAGAGGUCUAAAGUGUUUGCUACUGCUCAUAUUUUUUGGAAUUUCCUUGGCCAUCUACCUGGCUCCCCUAUGUAUCACCUCACCCUGUAUCAUGGAACCCAGAAAAUUACCCCCCAAACCUGGGCUGGUGGGACACCGAGGGGCCCCCAUGCUGGCCCCCGAGAACACCCUGAUGUCUCUACGGAAGACUGCAGAAUGUGGAGCUACUGUGUUUGAGACUGACGUGAUGGUCAGCUCUGAUGGAGUUCCCUUCCUCAUGCAUGAUGAGCACCUGCGCAGGACCACAAAUGUGGCCUCUGUAUUUCCAACCCGAACUACCACCCACAGCAGCGACUUCUCCUGUGCUGAACUGAAGAGACUCAAUGCUGGGACCUGGUUUCUAGAGAGAAACCCCUUCUGGGAAGCCAAGCAGUUAUCAGUCCAUGAUCAGAUAGAGGCUGGGAAUCAGACAAUACCAACACUGGAAGAGCUACUGAAAGAAGCUGACGCUCUCAACCUUUCGAUCAUGUUUGACUUGCGCCGUCCUCCACGAAACCACACAUACUACAACACUUUUGUGAACCAGACGUUAGAAACUGUGCUGAGGUCAAGGGUGCCCCAAGCCAUGGUCCUUUGGCUACCAGAUGAAGAUCGAGCUAAUGUCCAACAACGAGCACCCCAAAUGCGCCAGAUAUAUGGACAACGUAGAGGCAACAGAACUGAGGCAACCCUGUUUCUCAACCUACCCUAUCAAGAAUUGCCAUACUUGGAUAUAAAGACUCUGCACCAAGAUAAUGUUUCAGUGAACCUAUUUGUAGUAAACAAGGCUUGGCUCUUCUCGAUAAUCUGGUGUGCUGGAGUGGAUUCAGUCACCACCAAUGACUGCCAACUUUUGCAGCAGUUGCAUUUUCCUGUCUGGCUUAUUCCACCUAAAACUUACCUAAUGAUGUGGAUUGUUACUAAUUGUGUCUCCACUUUUCUGCUUUUGUGGACCUUCCUCCUCCAAGGGAGAUGUGCUAAGGAGAGAGAUAGAACUGGCUUAGAAACUACAGUACUGCUGACCAGGGUCAACCAUUUCAUGAUGGAGUGAAUGUCCUAAUCUUGCCCUAACCAGCCAAAA